UGUUAUACCCUUAUAUUUUUGCCUCAUCAUCCUUACAUGGCAUGGAAUUUGACUAAUUGUCUUUGCAUUUGCAGGUUUGAGUGUUCCCCAAAUUUUCCGGUGAGGAGUUUGAGAAUUUCAUGGCUGUUGCCGACAAAUUGCGUGCAGACUAUGACUUUGCUCAUACUACAGACGCCAAGCUUGUCCCACGUGGUGAAUCAUUAGUCACUGGGGCUUUGGUUAGACUUUUGAAGCCAUUUGACAAACUUUUUGUUGAUUCUAAGAAUGAUUUGAAGUCUACAGAACAUGGUAUUGGGUACUUUUAUUGUUACAUUAUAGGUAACAACCACACACACAGAGAUGAUAACUAUCACCGUUUGGAUAUGAAGCACUGAAAUUAUACAAAGAAUACAGGAAGAGAAUCUGUGAGGCUUCCAUGAAUGAAGUGCACCUCAUCUUGCAUUUUAUGCUCUUUGUUGCCUCUUACUAGGUACUAUUGGUGGACUUCGAGUCGGGCUCAUUUCAUAAUCCAGUUCUUCUCGAGAUUGACGUCAUUUCACAUGUACUACUUUGUCACUAAACUAAUCUAUUACACAACUCUCAUUUUAGUACAUAAACUUUAUAUUACACGUGUUAAAUCAUUUUGGCCUGUAAUUUUAACUACUUAGGCGGCCUACCUAGCCCCUAAGAACAAAGACCACUACUUUUGAUUCUAAGUUAACCAAGUCCUAAUUUCUAUAGGUAGCAAGUUCAACAACAUUUGUUAUGGCAUUUUCAUUAUUCUUGUGAAGUUUUUUUCUCCUCAAGAGGUUCCCUAUUUCUUAUUGUGGUGUUUCUUUCUCUAAUUCGAUAUGUAUUUAUAUAUAUAUAUAAUUAUAUCCACACAUUUGAUUCAUCUUAUUUUUUUGUACUAUAAAUUCUCUAUGUAGCUAUAGACCUCUCAGGAGUGUGGUUGAUUUUUGUAGUUUGGAAGAACAUCAAUUAUUGUGUUCAUUCUCUAUGGUG